CAAAAACCGAAAAACACUAAAAAUGUUUUUAAAACCCACAAACGGGUGGGCGGAGCUUCGGACAUGAAUGGGGGGGGUUUCAAACCCGAGAAACGCCCCCCCCUUGCCUACGUGCUUGACUCAGACAACAGGGCUCAAUUAUUAAGCAAUUUAAAAGUAUUAAAUUAUUAUGUUUUGUCAUUUCUUGCUUUUAAGUGCCAAAGAAGGUUUGCCUCAAUUGUAAACUUCCAUUAACAGUUGGAUACAAGAUGCAAAGAUGAAAGUAGCAGCACAGAAAAAAACUAACCUGUUUUAAUCAGAUUUUCAGGUACUUCCCUAUCAAAGCCAAACAGUUCUCUUUCAAGAGUUUCUGCUAAGAGCAAGCAAAUAUACUAAGCUUGAGCUAGUUGGUGACGUGAAAACUGACAAAAGACUUAUUCUUGUAGAAGAUGUGCCGAAUCAUUUUUAUCGUGAUCCUAGCAGUUUACAUGAAAUUCUGAGGACCUUUGUGCAGACAGGCAGAUGUCCUCUUGUGUUUAUAAUGUCUGAUGGUGCAAGCACAACCAGCAGCCAAAGGUUUCUGUUUCCAAAAGAGAUUCACAAAGAAUUGCAUAUAACUAAUAUUAGUUUUAACCCAGUGGCCCCAACAAUCAUGCUGAAAGUUCUCAACCGAAUAACUACGAUAGAGGCAAGUAAGAAUGGAGAAAAGUUUGAUGUUCCAGACAAAUCCUCAAUGGAACUGAUUUGCAAAGGAUGUUCAGGAGAUAUUAGAAAUGCAAUACACAGUCUUCAGUUUUCUUCUUUGAAAGAGUCCUCAUUGGAGAACAACUUAUGGUCACAGAGAAAAGGGAGUUCUACAUUAAAAUGUGAUUUAUUGUCUAAAGUGAAAAAGAAAUGUGCUAACUCUUUAAAAGGCCAGGAGAUACAAGCUGUCGGUGGCAAAGAUGCAUCCAUCUUCCUUUUCCAUGCUUUGGGAAAAAUACUUUACUGCAAAAGGGAGCAAAUAAUGGAGUCGGGCUUUCCUUUCCUACCAGUUCAUUUAUCAAAACACGAGCGAAGCCCUUUGCUUGUUCAACCUGAGGAUGUCAUAGAAAAAUCACACAUGCCUGGGGACUUAUUUAAUUUAUACCUUCAUCAAAACUAUGUAGACUUUUUCUCUGAUAUGGAGGAUCUUGUGAGAGCUAGUGAAUAUCUGAGUACUGCUGACUUGCUUUGCAGUAACUGGGAUGCACGACCUAUACUCCAGGAGUACGGUACAUCUGUGGUCACAAGAGGCAUUAUGCAUUCAAACAGAUCUAGAGCUUUUGCCCACAACAAAGGAGGGAUGGGCUUUCGACCCCUUCAUAAACCACAGUGGUUCCUAAUUAAUAAGAAGUAUCAUGAAAACUGCAUUGCUGCAAAAUCCCUCUUCUCAAGUUUCUGCUUACCACCAUUGUGCCUUCAGACCCAGCUAUUACCUUAUCUUGCCCUUCUGACAAAUCCAAUGAGAAACCAAGCUCAGAUUACUUUUAUUCAAGAUGUUGGAAGGCUUCCUUUAAAGAAAUACUUUGAAAGGCUAAAGCUUGAAAUUCUUACUGAUAAAGAUUCUGCCAUUCAAGUCUUGGACAGUGAUGAUGAAAGUGAUUUUGCUGGGAUGCAGUCCAGAAAUACAAUGAUCCAACUGGAAAAAGACAAUAUUAGUGAAAGGAAUGGGAAAGAUGAAUGUCUUCCUUCUGCCAGUCAGGGUCUUGGAAGUGAACUGUCAUGCAGCCAACCUCAGCCUGUGACAGUACAAGCCAUCAUGGAGGACGAUGAGCUAAACAUAGAGGAAUAUGAUAGUGACUGAACAAUGCAAAAUGGCAACACCAAUACUAUUAUAACUUUAGCUGAAUAUUUUAUAAGAAUUCUCAUCUACAAAAAGUCUGUGAAAACUCUUGAAAAGUUAAUAUUACUUUAGCAAGCCAUUACUGCUUUGCUAUGAUUUCCUAUUUAUUCUUCAUAUAGUCACACUAUGGCAUCUAUCGGGUUGUUGCACUUCUGUGAUUUUAUUUGAGUCAAUUAUGGAAAGCCCUAACUAUGUUAAAUUUAGUUCAAGAAAUAAGUUUGGCACUGGAUUUCUGUCCAGCAGGUAUUUGGGAAAUAUUGUCAAUAGUUCUGUUACGAUUUCAUAUAACCCUUAUGUGAAGUAACAAAUAAUUUAAUUUCUGGAUUGUGUAUUAUUUAAGAUGUAAAUAGACACCUAUGUGUUCAAUUUGUUAAUAAAUAGUACUGUAUGCAUUUACAGUUGUUUAUAAACAAAAACAUGUACAGCAUUUUACAUAAUUAGUCUUUUUUAAUGUUUUGCUAAUUUAUCCAGAAGAAUUAAAGUACCGUAAGUCUUUGAAUGGUA